AUGUUUAAACGAAAAACGGUGCGAGCAAAGUCUCCAAAUGAUACUAAUAGACGUAAUUCGGUCACGUCGCCACGGUUUUAUGAAAUACUUGAUUAUGUGGCAACAAAAAUGGAUGUUCCUGUCCAAUUUGGUACCUUUAUGAAGAAACGAUAUAAUGUGAAUAAAGAACAGAUAUCAGUGCCAACGGAAUUUCAACAUUUAGUGCAUACGGAUAAUUUCGAGGAUGCUCAAGAAAUAUUGGAAAACAUGAGUAGAAACCCGACAAUGAAUAAAUUGCCUGAUCCUUCUAUUCGCACAAAGACGUUUUCUUCGCGUAAUAUUCUCGAAGCCGCUUUUCCACAAAGCAAGAAAAACGCCACUGGGACUGUGGUGAUGAAGGAUGUUGUUGACUUUGGUUUGGGUGAUGAACUCGUAGAUCAAGAGAUCAUGCCUUCUCUUGCAACUGUAGAGAAAUCCGCGGCAACCAAAAUAUAUUUCGAAAACUACUUUUAUGGUAUUCUCAAGGAACCAUCUGGACGUACGAAAAGACGUAUACAACUUGAAUCUGAGCUUGAACAGAUGGGAAUUCCGGAAGAUGACAAACGUGAAAUUAGACAAGAAUGGCUCAAUAUCGAGUCGGAUUACAUGCGUCUUAUUAGAACAAAAAUCACCGUUAAUUCAUUUCACAUCAUCAAAACUGUUGGACAUGGUGCUUUUGGGGUCGUGAAAUUAGUCAGGGAGAAAAGUACAGGAACACUCUAUGCCAUGAAAGUUAUGCGAAAAGCUGAUAUGUUAAAGAAGGGGCAGGAAGGUCAUGUACGCGCCGAAAGAGAUUUGUUAACUGCCGCUGCAGAGACAGCACAAUGGAUUGUGCGAUUAAUUUAUUCAUUUCAAGAUAUGGAUCAUUUGUAUCUUGUGAUGGAAUAUAUGCCAGGUGGUGACCUUUUGAAUCUAUUGAUUGAAAAAGAUAUUUUUGAAGAGCAGUUUGCGAAGUUUUAUGUAGCUGAAAUGGUGCUUUGUAUUGAGGAAGCACAUAAAUUCGGAUAUAUUCAUCGUGAUAUCAAGCCGGACAAUUUCCUGUUUGAUUCCGAGGGGCACAUAAGACUUUCAGAUUUUGGUUUGGCAACCGAUUUUCAUUGGGCUCAUGACUCGGCAUAUUAUGAACAGCAACGUAAAGAUUUAUUACGCAAAACUGGAGUGGAUAUUGAGACGGACACACUUACUCGUGCAAUGGGGAAGAAAUUCCAACUUCCUCAGAGAUGGGGCGAUUGGUCGGACGAUUUUGAUUCUGAAGAUGAGAAUGGGAUGCCGAAUAAAAAUAUCUUGACCUGGAGAGAUAAAAAUCGCAAAAAGAUGGCAUUCUCUGUUGUCGGAACGAAUAAUUAUAUGGCGCCGGAAGUUCUAAGAGGAACUGGAUAUGAUAGAGGAUGUGAUUGGUGGAGUUUAGGUGUCAUAAUUUUUGAGAUGCUUUACGGAUAUCCGCCAUUCUGUUCAAAAACACGCCACACAACACGUAUUAAAAUCAUUAAUUGGCGUCAAACACUACGUUUUCCUUCACGGCCUAAAGCUUCACGAGAAGUUCAAGAUCUGAUCGAAAAAUUAAUAUGCGAACGAGAGAAUCGUAUAGGAUCCGGUUCAACCUCCAAUAAUCUUAAAAGUCUUUAUACAGACAAUCGUAAAUCUUCGGUUGCCGGAUUAGGUGAUGCCUCAGAAAUAAAAGCACAUCCCUGGUUCAAAGACAUCGAUUGGGAUAAUUUGCAUAAUACAACACCUCCAUUCAGACCCAAACUGAAAAGCGAUAUUGAUACACGUUAUUUUGAAGAGAUUACUGAUGAUAAUCCAUUAGCGCCUCCGGAAGGCGAAGGAGAACGUAAACCCAGAGAUCCGAUGCUUCGCGAUAGAAAACACGGCACUGAAAUACUGAAUAUGCGAAAGCAGUUGGCGUUUGUUGGAUAUACGUAUCGUGGGUUACCAUUGGAUAAGCAGAGGGGUGGCAUGGCUGAAAGAGUAAUGGUAAAGACGGAUGAUAGGGAUGAUGGAAGCGUAAAAUUUAGAUCGAUGAGUUUAUAG